AUGUCCGGAAUGGGUGAAAGGCGAUUGGACUUCAUGUUCCGUUACCUGCGGCAAAGGCAUACGAACAAGACAGGUAUGUCUCCUGUUACUGUAGAAUGUAGGCAAGAAGGUGAGAGGCUAGAUGACUAUGCUUGCAAGAGUUCCGAUCGACCAGACGAUGAGCAGCCUUGUUAUCGGGGCGUCGACUGUCCA